UUCCACAGCAAAAGCAACUCAUGGGCCCUUCCGAAAUAUCACGAAUCUCAACAAAUAUCUAAUCCAUUUCAGCCUCUUCCUUCCCCAACUGAACUGCCGAUUAGCACCGCCAACUUACUCCUCCAGAAAACCUCCAUAAAACAAUUUGAAGAUUCACUCUUCUAGCUCAUGGCUAUCUCUAUUGUUCCAUGUGUCCAUAACUCAAUGCCGCCAAUUGCUUCUUCUCCAUCUCUUCCGCAUCCUAAGGGUCAUAGCAAGCACAUCUUGAGGAGGCAGAGAUGGACAGCGAUUAGAUGCAGCACAAGUGAAAGAGCAAACGAAAUGAAUUAUUACGCAAUGCCGUUAAUGACUUCUACUCCAUCUCUUGCGCAUCAUAAUGAUCAUAACAAGUACAUCUCAAGAAUCUUGGUUGGAAGGAAGCAGACGGCGAUUAGAUGCAGCGCAGGUGAAAGAGCAAACGAAAUGAACUAUUACGAGCUUCUUGGAGUUUCUGCAGAUUCAAAUGCUCAAGAAAUCAAAGCAGCAUACAGAAUGUUGCAGAAGAAAUUUCAUCCGGAUAUUGCAGGCCAAGAGGGCCACGAGUAUACGCUGAGGCUGAAUGAGGCUUAUCGGGUUCUGAUGAGAGAGGAUCGAAGGAAGCAAUAUGACACAUACUCGGGUGGGAUGAGGGUAAGAUUUGGGAAUUUUGGCACCGGAUUAGGUUACAGUUCGUGGAAUGGACCUCUGAGACCUCAGGCUUUGUUUGUCGAUGGGAAUGCAUGCAUAGGGUGCAGGGAAUGUGUACAUAAUGCAAGUAAUACAUUCACCAUGGAUGAUACUCUUGGCCGUGCACGAGUAAAGGUUCAAUAUGGAGACAACGAUCAAAAAAUUCAGGUUUCAGUAGAAUCAUGUCCUGUGAAUUGCAUAUAUUGGGUAGAAAAGGAGGAACUGGAAGUGUUAGAGUAUUUGAUGCAGCCACUGCCCAAGAAAGGAUAUGGGGUGUUUGGAGGUGGCUGGGAAAUUCCAGCCAAUGUGUUUAUGGCGGCCAAGGCCUUCACCAAGCAGCUGAAACGGCAAGAACAGGACAAAAAAUAUGGAGCGGAAACUGUGGAAGAAACUCCAGCUCAAGCUGAGGCUCGAGCUAAUGCCACCAUGAAAAUACAAAGGGAGAAGUUUUAUGGAGUUUGGAAUUGGGUAAAGCAAGUUUUUAGUGAUAGGUUAGGAAUACCUACCACAAGUUUUUCGUGAAGACCGAGAGGAGCGGUGAUUAUAUACGAUAUUCCUGGGUGAUCCUUUGCUGCUUCAGCAGUUAAGGAAGGAAUAUCCUGCAAAGUUUCACUCAUUGCUAUCAUCAAUCCACCAGUUCAUUUCAUCAAAUCAAGUGUCCUACAGUGAGUUACAUACCUGUUGCCAAUGUCGACCAGGGAAAAGAAAGAACGGGCUGACGAUGAUACGUUUGGCCCCUUGUUCAACACAUGAUGUGAAUGAGUCUCUUAUCGAUGGUUCGGCCAGCUCCUAUGUUGUUUCAGAAAAAUGUAAUGAGACCAUUAAGUACAUUGGAAAUGGCUGUGACUAUUACUCUAUCAUGUGUUGAAUGCAACAAAAGGAGACAGACAGGAAUAAAGACAGAGAAACUACUGACAGUACGAUGACAUAGAAUUGUUCCAAAUCAGUAUUCAUUUUGAAUGGUAUCAGUAUUUAUUUUGCUUUUCUAUUCAUUGGGUCUUAUGUUAAUUUGAAGUCUAGAGAUGCUGUACUUCAGAGUGUAGAAAAAAGAUCCACAAAACUGUACAUUUUUUCGAAAAUCAAAAUAUCCAAUCGUGAUGUUGAGUUUACUUCAUCAUGGUUUGCUUUCAGUCUUAA